GUAUAUAAAUCUGUUUAUUUUCGAUUUCAACAAUCAAGCUCUAAAACUUUAUCAACAACAAAGUGAUCCGAUAAGAUAGGGGGAAUAAUUAAUGUGUAAUAGACACUUCUACCAACGGUUUAAUUACAGAACCGCAUUUGAUAUUAAGCGUUAAUAAUAUUUAUAAAACAUGGGUGCUUUUCAAACAAAGUAUCCUGGACUAACUGAGGAUCUUUUGGAAGAAUACACUUUGCUAACGUAUCUGAACAAGGGACAAAUAUUAUAUCUUAUGAAAAAAUUCCAUUCAAUCAAUCCGGAAAAAAUUUCCAUGGACUACAAUCAUAGGGUGCAAAAGACAGAUAUUAUUGCUAAAUUCGAAGUUUUAAAGAAUAAUCCAUUCCAGGAUCGUCUGUUUCGCGUCUUUUCGUCUCACCAAGACGGUUGUUUCUCGUUUGAGGACUUACUUGACUUGUGCUCCGCCAUGAGCUACGACUGCCCGGCAGAAGUCAAGGCUGCUUGGGCUUUUAAGAUUUUUGAUAUAGAUGAGGACAAUCAAAUAACAGCAAAAGAUAUUUGUAAUAUAUUGGAUAGAAUAACAUGGGAUCCAAACAAUCGCACCAACUAUCUAACCCAGGCAGACAAAAUGAAAAUUGCUAACACUAUAUUAGAAAAAGUCAACCUUGAUAAAAGCGGCAGUGUCGGUCUGGCUGAAUUCAGGUUAAUGAUCACUAGGAUACCUGAAUUUACUUCAUCUUUUUAUUUCAGAUUAUAACAGUUGUGUAUAUGUAAAAAAAAUUGUAAAUUUAUUGUACAAUUUUUAUAAUUGUAUUAAAUAAAAUGCAAUAUAAGUAAGAAA